GCCGCUGGCCAGAAUCUGGGGCACGCGGCCUGCCUGGGCGCCCAGCUGAGGGAGGGGAACCCCCACAGCACCUCGCCAGACGCUGGCCCUUUUCACCCUGCGCCCCGGGAAAGCCACUUUCUGCCCCUCAGACCGCAAGUUUCGAGGCUGCAGCGGGAUGGGUGGGCGUGGAGGUGGGGAGAAGGGGAGGAACAUCCGGCAUCCCCCUCCAGGGCCCCUCGCUCCCCAGGCCUCGCAGCCCCAUCGCCAGAUCGCCGGCUCCUGUUUCCCCGCCCCCGCGCAGCGGCCGGGGCGCCUGGCCACAACCUCGGACGGAUCCCCGAGGACGGCCUGGGCAGGAGACCAGGGAGGUGGCUGCCCGACAGUCCUCUGCCCCCUCGGGCUUUCGGGAGGAAAGUUCCCAAAGGCCCUCUGCCGCCUCCCCUCCCGAGCUGGGCGGUGGUGCGAUUUAUAGAGUCCGGGGGCACCAGGCUCCGCCCCUCUGUCGUCGGGGGUGGGGUGGGAAGGCUCUAUCAGCUUCUGCCCCAGAUCUUUCCUGGACAGAGAGUCUCAGCAGCCCAGAUCCGAUCGGGGCCGCGGCCGGCGCGGGGAGGGCGUGGGAGCUCGGGGCUGCCUCUCCCCGCCUCUUCCUCAGAGGUGCUGGCUGACCGCAGCUGGCGGCCCGCGGCAGAGGGCUGGCCCAUGGAGCAUGCGGCUGCGGAGGGAGGGGACCCCGACUCCGCAAGUUUCUGCGCGGCGCUGCCAGCCUCAGGCAGAGCAAGAUGACGGGCGCGCGGCGCGGACCCAGAGCUCCCCGAACGCCACUCCGUCCCGCCUGAGCGAGGCUGCGGUUCCCGAGGCCCUGUCCAGCCUGGAGACGCGGAAAGCCGGGACCUCUGACUUCCAAGCUCUCCGCCUCCGCCGCGCCCUCCAGCGCCCUCUAGCGUCCGCCGGGGCAGCGCCGCCCGGGAAAGGCCCCGGACGCCGGGCGCGCCAUGGGGUCCACCAGCAGCGUGCUCUCGGACUACUCCAACUAUGACAUCAUCAUCCGGCAUUACAACUACACGGGGAAGCUGAAUCUGGGCCAGGACAAGGACAGCGGCCUCAAGGUGACGUCCGCCGUGUUCAUCCUCAUCUGCUGCUGCAUCAUCCUGGAGAACAUCUUCGUCUUGCUGACCAUUUGGAAAACCAAGAAGUUCCACCGGCCCAUGUACUACUUCAUCGGCAACCUGGCCCUCUCGGACCUGCUGGCGGGGGUGGCCUACAUCAUGAACCUGCUCUUCUCCGGGGCCAACACCUACAAGCUGACGCCCGCGCAGUGGUUCCUGCGCGAGGGCAGCAUGUUCGUGGCGCUGUCCGCGUCCGUGUUCAGCCUGCUGGCCAUCGCCAUCGAGCGCUACAUCACCAUGCUGAAGAUGAAGCUGCACCACGAGAGCAGCAGCUCGCGCUCCUUCCUGCUCAUCAGCGCCUGCUGGGUCAUCUCGCUGGUGCUGGGCGGCCUGCCCAUCAUGGGCUGGAACUGCCUCGGCCUGCUGCCCAGCUGCUCCACGGUGCUGCCGCUCUACCACAAGCACUAUAUCCUCUUCUGCACCACGGUCUUCACCGUGCUGCUGCUCUCCAUCGUCAUCCUCUACUGCCGGAUCUACUCGCUGGUGCGCACGCGCAGCCGCCGCCUGACCUUCCGCAAGAACGCGUCCAAGGCCAGCCGCAGCUCGGAGAAGUCGCUGGCCCUGCUCAAGACGGUGAUCAUCGUGCUGAGCGUCUUCAUCGCCUGCUGGGCGCCGCUCUUCAUCCUGCUGCUGCUGGACGUGGGCUGCAAGGUGAGGACCUGCGACAUCCUCUUCAAGGCCGAGUACUUCCUGGUGCUGGCGGUGCUCAACUCGGGCACCAACCCCAUCAUCUACACGCUCACCAACAAGGAGAUGCGCCGCGCCUUCAUCCGCAUCAUGUCCUGCUGCCGGUGCCCCAGCACCGACACCCCCGGCAAGUUCAAGCGCCCCAUCAUCGCCGGCGUGGAGUUCAGCCGCAGCAAGUCCGACAACUCCUCGCACCCCCAGAAGGACGACGGGGACAACCCAGAAACCAUCAUGUCGUCUGGGAACGUCAACUCUUCUUCCUAAAACGGGAAGCAGCCAGCCCAUGGGGAGUGUUCUUGCAUGGUCACCCACCGCCCAGUGUUUGGAAAAACAUCUCCGUGCCUGGUGCCUGGACUGCUGCCAGGGUGGAGCUGCCGGAGCCGGAGCCGGAGGGGGGGCGGGGCGAGCGAAGGGCCCGUGACGCCGGGUGGGGUCGGAGGGUACAGUGAGUCCUGUGAACAAUGCGCCGGGAAGGGUGGAGAGCGGUCCGCGGGCCUGGAGUCUGCUUCCUCUCCCUGAGCUUUGAUUUUGCACUGAGCCAGAGGUUAGCAUUGCCCAGCUCCCUAAGGCUUCGCUCAGCCCCUCCUCGAAGACCAAGGUCACCUUGGAGAGUGUCGCCUGGAGCUUUGAGGAGAAGGUGUUUUUUCACUUGAGUUUCCAGCCACGUGUGCACUUCUGCUUCUCUAGGGAUGCUCCAGCCCCCACUCCACCCCCCCUUCCCCUGCACAACCUCCUCAACAUCCUCCGACUGGGCGUCAUCAGAGCUGGGGUGGCCUGGUCCAUUUCUCCAGCAUCUGUGGCUGGUGGGCUGUGUCCAGGAAGCAGACGGAGGAGCUGGAGACGGUUCGGACAUGGGAGGCAGUUUCAUUUGCUGAGGCCAAAGUUUCCACGCAAGAUGGAUCCGUUGUUUUUGGAAUUUGGUUGUAGUCACUUUGAGGUUUUUUGGGUUUUUUUUUACAUCUUUACAAUGGAAUGCGUUACAGUAUCCUGCCAUUGUGCCUGAAAUCUGCAUGGGGAAGCCCAGCUUAUCUAAAGGUGUCAGCCAGGAUCCUUCGUGUCCCAGGGGAAACAAAGGCCCCACACAAGGAGAAAACCCGCUGCGGGGGCCAGGGAACUUUGUAAACCAGGAGGGAUUUCCUAACGAAUUUGCCUAACAGAUGCAACAUCGGUCUUUGGCACUUUUGUUGAUGUUAAUUAUGGAGUGUGUGUGAAGCAUUUCAGCCAAUGGUUGUAUCUUGUUGUGUUAAAAGUACCCUUCAUGAUGUUUGAAUGUAUUUGUUUCAGCAUUUUAUUGGAUUUUCCUAACCUGUGUUAACACCAUUGAAUGUGUAUUUCUUAAGAAAGUAUCACCCUCUUAUGCCCUUAAAGCAUUACUUUAACUGGUAGGGAACCCAGAACUUUCCAGUACAGCUGUUUUUUAAUAGUUCAUUGGGCAUGUGUGUAAAUGUUACAAAGAAUAAAAUGUAUUGCUGUCUCUUUAGUAUGGUUUUCAGUGCAAUUAAACCAAGAAAUGCCCUUUUUUUAAAAAAAAAAAUAGUAUUUAAUAGUUUUCUGACUUUUGUGGAUCAUUUUGCACAUAGCUUUAUCAACUUUUAAACAUUAAUAAACUGAUUUUUUUAAAGA